AUGAACUCCAUCUCCUUCCAAUUCUCUUCCUCCUCUUUCUAUCACUUAUCUCAAAACGAUCAAAUCAUUCCUCCCUUCCACCCCCAAACCACUUCCAUACCCAUCGACUUCCCCUCAAACCAAGCCCCAAUUCGCAUCCCCGUAGUUCUCCCCAUCUCCUACACCUCCGCCGCCGCCACCAAAAUUCAAUCCGCCUACCGUCGGCAUCUCGUCCGCCGCCAGAUCGACCGGAUCCGGUGCGCUGCAGCCGAAGCCGACCGGCUUGAACGUCUGAUUCGGCGGCAGGAUACCGUGCGGCGGCGGGCCCCCGCCGCCCCCCCCCGCCGCAACCCUAGGGAGCGAUUGCGGAUCUCAGAGGAGCUCAUGGCGGCGCUUCUCCGCCUUGAUGGUGUGCCGGGAUUUUAUGCGCCAGUGCGCGAGAUACGGAGGGCUGUUAGCCGCCGGAUCGUGGGGUUGCAGGAACUGUUGGAUGCUAUCGCCGAUGAGCCGGAGGUGGGAGAGGUGGGAGGGAUUCCGUCGAGUCUGGAGGAGAUCGUGUGGGGGGCUUGGGAAGAGCAAUGGGUUUAG